AUGGAAACGGGACCCAGCGAAGAACCUAGCGGCCGAAAGGAGUCUCAGGAAAUUUGCCCCCCGGGAUUACUGGUAUUUGCCGGCUCCUCGGAACAAGAUGCCAACUUGGCUAAGCAGUUCUGGAUCUCGGCGUCGAUGUAUCCCCCUAGCGAAUCUCAGCUGGUGCUGCGCAGAGACAGCAGUCAGCGUCUGCCGGUGGCGCGGCCCCGGAGGAGCAGAGGGUCUGAGAACAGUCACUCCUUGCAGUCUUCCCACCUUGUGAGUAACAAAAAUAGAAACAUCUUUGCCGAAGCCCUAAAGAUACAGGAAUCUGAGGAGAAAGUAAAGUAUCUCCAAAAGACAAGGUCUCACUCUGUCACCCAGAAUGAAGUACAGUGGCAUGAUCAUGGCUCACUGCAGCCUCAACUUUCUUGGGUUCAAGCUAAAACAAGAGAAGAGAUUCUCCAACUCUUAAGAAAACAAAGAGAAGAAAGGAUCUCGAAAGAACUGAUUUCCCUUCCUUAUAAACCAAAAACCAAAGAACACAAAGCAAAGAAAGUGGUAUCAGAGUCAGAUAAAGAAGACCAAGAAGAAGUCAAAGCCUUGGACUAAUUUGCUUGACACAUGACAGAGGAUGGCUCACUUAUAUCUUCACUUUGGAAACAACCUUCUCUUAGGAUCAUUGAGAUCACUGGCAACACUAUAGUAGACAAAGAAAUACAAGUUAAAUAUGCAGAUUUCCAGGAAUUUCCAGGAAUGUUUAUUAUCCACCCAGGAAUAUUUGCAGUUAGUGAAUACUCGUGUUAAAAUAAAGAAAUAAAGGUUACAUAUGCAGACUUCUAUGAAUUCUACCAGCUAUUGAAUAUUUGUGUCUAUUUUACUUACUGGGUACUAC